AUGGCUCCAAAGAAGGAAAAGGCUCCUCCACCGUCCUCCAAGCCCGCCAAGUCUGGUGGUGGCAAGCAGAAGAAGAAGAAGUGGAGCAAGGGUAAGCAGAAGGAGAAGGUGAAUAACAUGGUGUUGUUUGAUCAGGGAACUUAUGAUAAGCUUCUCACUGAGGCUCCCAAAUACAAGCUCAUUACUCCUUCUGUUCUCUCUGAUCGUUUGAGGAUUAAUGGAUCACUUGCAAGGAGAGCAAUAAGAGAUUUGAUGGCUAAAGGUUUGAUCAGGUUGGUAUCAUCCCACUCGAGCCAACAGAUUUACACCAGAGCUACAAACACCUAA